AGGAUCAAUGACACAACGUUCUGGCAUAGCGUGAGCGUGAACAAAGUGCUAAUACGUGAAGUCAUUGGUCAACGUGCUAGUACACAGAAAGUUGCCUGCAAGACAAUGCAUACACAGAUGAUCGUCACGACUUGCCUUCUGUCUGCAGUACUUGGAAUUUUAUUGUUUUUCAUUACCAGCGAGGGAAAGAUCAGCGCCGAGCCUAACUACUAUGGUCGUCAGGAAAGAGAGAAAUCGAUCAACAUGGAGAUAAGAGACGAGAACCGAAAUCGUAGGGCUGUGGAAGUCGAUGGGCAAUGGGGAAGUUGGAGCGGUUGGACGAUAUGUACUCUGCAAUGCACUCAACUAAGAGCAAGAAUCUGCGACCAGCCGAAACCUGCGAACGGAGGCCUGGACUGUGUUGGUGCAUCAUUCGAAUCAGGACACUGCCAACCAUACCUAGGCUAUCUUUGUCCAAUUGAUGGCGCUUGGGGAGCAUGGACGAUGGGAGCUUGUACGAGAUCAUGCGGGGGCGGAUUUCGCCUCACCGUCCGACAAUGUGACAACCCACCACCCCGAAACGGUGGAAGCAACUGUGAAGGUACUAGCCGCCAAUUCGAAACGUGCUCGACCCAGUGCUGUCCAGUCCACGGUCAUUGGGGCGAAUACUCGAGCUGGACGAAUUGCGAAGUGUCUUGUGGCGGUGGAAGACGGUUCCGGACGAGGGAAUGUAACAAUCCUACACCGAUCUGCGACGGAAACGAUUGCUCCGGGUUUGGAUUGGACACAGAGAGGUGCUCACCCGACAGUUGCCCCGUGGACGGAGCUUGGAGCGAGUGGACGUCAGCAAUCUGUAGCGCAACGUGUGGAACUGGGACUCAGCAAAAGUUCCGCAAGUGUGACAACCCGAGUCCUUCGCCCGGCGGUGCCAACUGUCUCGGAGCAACUACAGUAUUUGUUGACUGCAGUAUAGUUCCUUGUCCGGUUAACGGACAGUGGAGUUCUUGGAGCCUGUGGAGUACAUGCCCCACUUGUGGACAAGGUCACUACAAACGUCGGAGUCGAAUAUGCGACAAUCCUGCUCCACAAUACGGUGGCCUUCCCUGUCCUGGACAGACCACUGAAGCGUCUUUGUGCCAUUUGGAUAUCUGUCCAGUACACGGUGGAUGGAGCGGAUGGACUGACUUUUCCGACUGUCCAAAACCAUGCAAUGGCUCUCAAUAUUUUCGAACGAGACUAUGUAAUGAUCCACCACCAAAUCACGGAGGUCUGCCCUGUGACGGCGGCUACUUAGAAUACCAACCGUGCAACACUCACAGAUGCCCAGUAAAUGGUGGAUGGAGCUACUGGACGGAGUGGACCGAGUGCACUACGACGUGUGCAAGAGGAGGGAGAAGACGCUCACGCUCAUGCGACAAUCCUAAACCGAGCUAUAACGGAAUCGAGUGCCCAAGCGUAGGAGAAGAGUGGGCACCAUGUCCCGGUCCAAGACAAUGUCCACUUGAUGGUGGAUGGAGUUCGUGGUCAGCGUUUUCCCCUUGCACGAAAUCCUGUGGCGGAGGCAUCAAACAAACUUUCCGUCAAUGCAACAAUCCUACUCCUCGUUACGACGGUCUCUACUGUGUUGGCCUCUCGCAGAAGAAUUGCGAAUGCAACAAACAACCAUGUCCCGUUGACGGAGGAUGGUCUCAUUGGGGCGAAUGGUCUUCCUGCUCGUCAACCUGCAAGGGAGGCAGAAAGUACAGAUCGAGACAAUGCAACAAUCCGUUACCACAAGGGGGAGGACUGUGCUGUCCGGGCAGAGACGUGGAUGCUCAAGAUUGCGCAGACGUCGAUUGUCCGGUCGAUGGCAACUGGGGAAGUUGGAGCGAAUGGAACGAAUGCAGUGAAAGCUGCGAGGGAGGAACUCGUAUUCGAACUCGAUUAUGUAACAAUCCUGCACCGGAUUUCGGAGGGAAACCGUGUUCUGACGAGUCAAGAGAAACCGGGCCGUGUAAUGUACACCCGUGCCCAGUGAACGGAGGAUGGAGUCUGUGGUCCGAGUAUACGUUCUGCAGUGCGAAUUGCAGUACAGGAACACAGAGCAGAACGCGAGCGUGCGACAGUCCCGUUCCACUAUAUGGCGGCCUAGCUUGCGGUGGCAACGAUUUCGAAUCGAGGCUCUGCAAUACGUUCGAAUGCCCGGUGGAUGGAUAUUAUCAAGAAUGGAGUGACUGGUCUCUCUGUACUCGUACGUGUGGAACGGGCCGUACUAGUCGAACUCGAUUUUGUGUGGAACCCCUUUAUGGAGGACGUACCUGUGAGAGUAUUGGUGCUCCACAAGAGUCCAAUGAAUGCUGUGAAAGAGCUUGUCGUGCUACGCAGGCGUACGUCGUGACCUCCUUGGUUUCGCAUCAAUUUGCAAAAGUUGAAAAGUACUAUAUCGACUGUUCUGCCGCUGGUCUUGGUCACUGUACAAGAACCAGAACUGUGUACUAUCGAGGGUACGAGCUGAAUGAAAAAGUUCUAUACAGAAUUGUCACUACAGAGGCCUGUGAAAUAGACCCGUAGAAUGCAGGUUCCGAGCUGUGCGUUUUACUGCUGAUUACAAUGACGACAAUGAGUAUCACCGUGUAAUACAAGUUCUAUGUGUUGCAACUGCUUAA